AUGUCGUUUCCUCCACAAAAUCUUCAAAAUGUCCAAGGUUUUGGAAAUUCUAUGAAUCAUCUGAAUUAUGCCCCUCGAGGUCCAUAUCAAUCGCUUCCAGCUGAAUAUUGGCAAAACAUGAGUCAUCCAUAUUUCACGCUGUCGGUUGUUCAUGGAUAUGGUACCCCGCACACAACUGGUAUGUCUUUCACUUUUUCGAUGUCGAAUGAACCUACAACUCCGACUUUUGUCCCGGAGACUCAACUUUUCAACCGUGAAUCCCCAAUUGAGGUGGUCAAUUUAGAAAAGAUGGUUUCAAAUGCUGAGGGUACAAGAAAGCGUUCAAGUUGGACAAAGGUUGAAGACGAGGUCUUAGCGAGAAGUUUUGUCACUAUCAGUGAUGAUCCAAUAAUCAGCAAUGAUCAAAAGGCGGAUGUUUUUUGGGGACGGGUUGCAAGCUACUACAAUGAGAAUCUUCCCCUAGGUUCAAACACCAGAAGUGCAAAUGUUAUACGGUCACAUUGGCACAAUACAAUCCAAAAAAGUGGUCACAGUGAUGAAGAUAUAUUGAGGUUUGCGUACGAAAAAUAUCUAUCCGAAAACAAUGGUGUUGCAUUCAAUCUCGAACAUGUGUGGAGAAUUGUCAAAGACCGUCCAAUGUUUACUCCACAGUCCGCUGAUCACUUUGUGGCCACAAAGAAGACGAGGACCUCAGAGUCGGGAGCAAGCAACACCUCCUCCAACUAA